AUGGCGCAGCAUCCACUCCGCAAAGCGCUCACCAUCUCGGCUCUCCACGAAGCCGCUGCCGCUCAGGAUCAGCGGUCUGCCGCUCAAGACGGUCAGGCUGCCCCUUCUACAGCCACUGCUUCUACCUUCUCCCGCUUGUCGAGCCUCUUGACUCUGUCCAAUCCCCCCACGCCAACGACGCCAAACCAUCCACGACCACGUCAAGCUAGUCAGCCGCCUCCCGCGCCUGCUCAAGAGGGCCAACGUGACCGCGUACAUUCAGGCAAACGCACAGCGACGACAGGUUUCGAGCCGCUCGCGCCGCCCGUCGAGCCAAGCUCGCUGGCGAUCCUUCUCAACGACGAGGCCACACUCAUUUCCCCUGUACGUCAACAUGGCCAAGAGUCUGCCGCGUCUGCCUCGCUCUUAUCUGCAGCGGCGAGGCGACAGUCAACACCCAGACUCGACUUGCCGAAUCCGUCGCGACCCUCAUUGUCGCCGCUUGCCUCACCUUCGCUUGAUGCAUCAUCGUCUGCCGUCUUCUCGACAUCUCCCAGCUCGGAGUCUCUGCUACAGAAAGGACGCAAAUCGCCCGGCAUGGCGAUUCCGCGGACAUCUGAUGCGCGCUCACCUCAACGUUCUCCGAGCAAGCUGUCGCGACGCCGAGGAUCGUACUCUGGAGAUGACCUCACGCCGGGCGCAAACUCUCCCGUGGCCGUGGAGUCUUCGCCGGUGAUCUCGCCCUACCAACGCCAGCUGAAUCACCGGCAACGGCUCAGAGAGAGCUCAGCAUCUCUACGAACAUCCUACCAAGUCUCACAGGGCUCACGAGCGGCAGGCGGCGCUUUGGCCUCGCUCAUCGGUAUCGCACAAUCGCCCGAGGUAGACUCGGGUCUCCUGGCCGUCGUCGGUCGGACUGUGCUCAAGAUCUUGCACGUCUCGCAUUCGCGCUCGAUGCCCUCAGAAGCAUCGAAUCCAAAGGUGACGAUGAGUUCAGAUGUGCAACGCGGCAGCAAGCUGGGAAAAGGCUACAUCAUGACCGACAUCCAGUGGGGCUUUGCGGAUACGGCUCACAAGCUUGCAACACCUUGCUCAAACGGCAAUGUCCUUAUUUGGGAUCUAUCACGAGAGGGACCCAAACUCGAUCAGACAAAGGUCAAGCAUGACCGUGCUGUCAAUCGUGUUGCCUUUGGCGGUCAGUCCGGUGGCUGGCUGCUCUCUGCCGGACAAGAUGGCCAGAUCAAGCUGUGGGAUGCACGAACAGCCGGCGGAGCGAUUGGCGUGCUCUCGACGCCCUCUGAUCCUGUCCGAGAUGUCAGCUUCACACCGAAUGCUCUGCAUACACACUUUGCCAUUGCUUCUUGCACAGAAAGCGGAAUGAUCUAUCGAUGGGAUCUCCGAGCACAGCUCUCGCCAACCGACAAAGUGCAAGGUCAUGUAGGAGGCGCGAUAUGUAUGACUUGGAAGCCUCCAGAUUCGACGUCGAGCUUGUCCGGCGGCUGGCUUGCGACCGGAGGAAUCGACAAGAGUGUCAAGAUAUGGGAUCUAUCGCGUCCAUCACUGUCUUCUGGGCCACUAAGGACGCUGUAUACCGCUCGACCGACACAUUCACUGACGUGGAGACCAGAAUCGAUCUAUGAACUGGCGGCAACGCCUGCGGACGGAGUCUCGAUGUCUACAGAAGCACUUGCUUACGGUCCCGAGUUAGAUAUCUCCAAGACGGCGUGGCAGCCUGAUAUCGAAGUCUGGGACAUCAGACGACCUCAUCUGCCAAAGUAUCAGUUCAGCACAGGUCAAGGCCCUUCCGUCGGCGCACUGUUCCCCUCGCGAGAAGCAAUAUGGAGCGCGCAUCGAUCGUCGUCUUUCGUUCAGCUUGACAUUCAACGCGACGCGCAGUCGCCUGCAAGCUAUCUGACGGCACCAGCAGUGGCUCGCGGCCCCUUUGGUGACUUUGCAUUAAGUCUUCGAUCCGGUGCUCCUGCGCCUGAUGCGUUUGAGCUGGAUGAAUUCGAUCACGCCGGACUACAAUCGGUCCACAAGGACAGCGCGUCGGCGUCUGGGCAAAGCACGGCCUUUGUAAAGGAUCUGAGCAUGGGCUUCGACGUCGCACGCUUCUCAUCCCUCGCUACAGGUCUUUCCCUACUCGGGGACUCGCCUGCAGAGCUGGCCAAAGCAAAUGCGAAGCUCGCAGCCUCGCUCGGUCUGCACAAUCUGUCGCGUUUAUUCCUCUGUGUCACAGUCUGGCUUCGGAUGAUGGCCGAAAGCGUCGAGCGUGACGAGGCUGAGCCGAACGCGGCGCUGGAACAGCUCGAGUCGGAAUCGAGCUCGAGUCGCGUCAGGCGCUCAAUAAGUAGACAUGGCGCCAAUCGACGUGACUCCCGUAGCAGACCAAGAUCACAUCUUGCGGAUUUUCAAGAGGCAGAGGAGAACACAUCGGAAGCGGAGAGCGACCGGCAUGCUUUGGCAUCCAUCUCAGCUCAAUCUGAUCUGCCAGAGUCUGAUUCGGAGAGCGAGCAACGCUCCUUCGCACCGCCAGGCCGUAUGACCGCUCGGGGCAAGCUUCGCAGCCCGCCCUCGACCGCAAGUACGCCGACGAAUGCCAGGCAGUCGCUGCCAAGCCUCGCUGCUCUUGGUAGCGCUGUCCGAGCAUCUUCGCGACCAGCUUCGAAAGCGGAUAUAGACGGCGACAGCUCAGAUUCGGCAUCAGACGAGGAGCGCUUCCGAUUCAGCGGCAAAGGAAGCGCAAUGCGAAGGCUGGCUUCUUCGCAGCUCAGCCAGCCUCGCUCGGGGCGACCGCGGACGCGACAUGGCUUCAGCUCGAGUGCGACGGUCCAGCGACUUGCCGAGUCGAGGCACACCCAUGCAUCCUCUCACGAUGGCAGUCAGCUACGAUUGUCAAUCUGGCGCGACAAGUCUACGAUGCCCUCGCUCUCGCCUGUCGAUGCAGCAGCAAGCAAUAAGGAGGACCUCCUUGCACUUGUCGAUGGCAUGCGGCAACAGCUGCAUGCCGCUGCGCUCAGUUUUGCAGAAGAGGGCGAUGUGCAGCUCGCGACGACGUUGAUAAGCAUGCUUUCGCCUGCAAUCUCCUUUGAGACCACAUUUCUCAGGAGGAUCUCAUUCAGCUAUCUCGGCUUGCUGCGCAAGCUCAAUUUACAUCUGACAGCAGCGGCGGUUAUAAAAUCCUCGCGGCUCGACGCUGUGCGAGAGACAGCACAAGUGUCCACAAUGCUACAUAUGGCUUGCGGCCGCUGUCAGAAAGCGCUUGCCCAGCCCCCUUACGGCAUCUGUCGUCGUUGCCGCCAGGGCUCCGGGUUGAUGCAUUGCUCCAUCUGCGAGCUGCCUAUGACGGGCGUGAUCACUCUGUGCGCCACUUGCGGUCACGGCUCGCAUGCGACGUGCAUCGUUGCCUAUCUCAGCGAUCUGUCGGCAGCUUUCCUUCAGUCUAAACGGCCAGAGGCUGUCGACGCCAGCCUCAAUCCAGUCAUGGCAGCUCUGCUAGAUAGCAAGGAGCCCAUGCCGCUCAACUAUGCUGAGCGCGAGGAGCAGGCCGACUUGCUCGCCACUUGUCCUUCGGGUUGCGGUCAUACGCCUUGCUUGCCGCGCACCGCAUGGACACAUCUAGUCUCUUAUUUGCACGGCGCAGUAGUCUAG